AUGUCUCUAAAAUCCCAUUUUUUCAUGUUGGGUAUUUUUUGUUCAUUAAUUUUUACAACAUAUCCAUCUAAUUAUCCCUUUUUAAAACCUGAUCAUUUAUUUAGAAGCUACAUGAUAAGUUAUUAUUCUAUGAAUGACAAUAGUAAGAGUCGUUAUUACUACGACUACGAGUUAGAUCCACAAAAGUUGGUCAACUAUGAUAGGAUGAUUCUGGAACGCAUAAGGCAGCAUUCACAUCUACAUAGAGCCAUUGCUCCUUCACCUCAACCUCACAAAAUCAUCAAUAUCGACCAUUUUGUUAGAUCAGGGCACCGAAGGAAAGAUCACACCAAGGCUUUUAUGAAAGCUUGGAAGGUAGCUUGUGCAAAGGGAGGGGUUUUGCUAGUGCCUCAAGACAAAACAUAUAGGGUCAGGCCAAUCAAGUUCUCUGGACCUUGUCAUUCUCAACUAAUAUUCAAGAUCAAAGGAACAAUCGAGGCAUCUACAAGGAUAUCAGAUUAUAGAGAUCGACGACUAUGGUUAGUAUUUGCAAAUUUACACAAUUUUAAGGUAGAAGGUGGAGGUAUUAUUGAUGGAAUGGGCCAAGUUUGGUGGAAGAAUUCUUGCAAGAUCAACAAAACCAAGUCGUGUCAACAUGCACCUACGGCUGUAACCUUUGUUGGGUGCAAGAACUUCAUGUUGGAUGGAUUAAAGAUAACGAAUGCACAACAAAUGCACCUAACCUUCCAGAGAUGUAAUGCUGUAAGAGCUUCCAAUAUUUUCAUUAAAGCACCAGCAAAUAGCCCCAACACUGAUGGAAUUCAUAUUACUGAGACUCGAAAUAUUCGACUUACAAGAUCUUUGAUUAGAACUGGGGAUGAUUGCAUAUCAAUAGUAAGUGGAUCAAAAAAUGUUCAUAUAUCUGAAAUAACAUGUGGACCGGGCCAUGGAAUCAGUAUUGGAAGCUUAGGCAAGGGAAAUUCCAAGGCCAUAGUUUCAAACGUAUUGGUAAACAAUACAAGACUUUGUGGAACUCAAAAUGGAGUGAGAAUAAAGACUUGGCAGGGAGGACAAGGGUAUGUAAAAAAUGUUGUGUUUCAAAAUAUAACAAUGCGUAACGUUAGCAAUCCAAUCAUUAUUGAUCAACAUUAUUGCGAUCAAAAAACACCGUGUUCAGAAAAGGAAUGGGCAGUUCAGGUAAGCAAUGUGGUGUAUGAGAGCAUCAAGGGAACGAGUUUUACAGAAGCAGCCAUAAAAUUUGAUUGCAGCAAAAGCCAUCAAUGCCAUAGAAUUUUGCUGCAUAAUAUAGACUUAGUACUUGAAAAAGGACAUAAAUCAGCAUCGGCAUUAGCUAGGGCUGACUGCAAAAAUGUUGAACUAUACAAUAGGGGAAAAGUUGCACCUAGAUGCUUUCAUGAAACUUAG